UAAAGUUUUCAUCAGGGUGCUUGAGUUCCGCAUGCCCUCAGCUCGCGUCCCAGACUUCCUAGGCUUUCUAGGCUCCGGGGUUCGAUGGUGCUGAUCACCGACGACGGUCAUGGAGGAGCCGCCGCCACGCUGCGACUCAAACAGCUGCAGCUCAGAGUCGGAGGGAACCAGAUCCAGCCGACUCUGUCCUCCUGCUCCGAAGACCACGAAGACCUGGACUCCUACGAGGAGCAGGAGGACGAAGGAGAAGAAGUUGACUUGGAGGACUGUCGGAGCGUUCUGUCCGACGACUCUUUCUACCCGCCGGAUGAUGCGUUCACGUACACGGAGCGGACUCCGUCUCCGGAGAGCCCGGAGCCGCUGUCCUUCUUCCAGGCGUGCUGCACCAACAACGCGACUGUGGUCCGGUUAAUGAUCCGGCACGGAGUCACGGAGGCCGAGGUCCAAGAGACCGACAGGAACCAGAGGAUAGGGCUGCUGGUUGCAUGUUACCAAGGUUAUGUAGAUGUCAUCAUAGCGCUGUCUCAGUGCCCAUAUCUGGAUGUCAACUGGCAGGACAGUGAAGGAAAUACCGCUCUCAUCACCGCCGCACAGGCAGGUCACAUAACAAUCACCAACUAUCUGUUGAACUACUACUCUGGGCUGGACAUCGAGCGGAGGAACUGUCACGGCUUCACUGCGGUGAUGAAGGCAGCCAUGCAGGGCCGUGUGGACUGUGUGCGUGCGCUCAUAUUGGCAGGAGCGGACAUAAGCGCAAGGGACUUAAGCCGCCACUUCACUGCCAGGGAGUGGGCGCUGUUUACAGGCCGCUACGAAACGGCGUGGGUAAUGGCACGCUUGAUGGACCGGCCCUGCCCCUAUCAGUUCUGUGAAAGAUACAGUCUGGAGUGGCCUCCACUGAUUUCUCUGGUGGCCAAAGCCAAAGAACAUCGCGGAUGUCUGAAGCGCCUGUCUGACAGCAUGCGGCACUUCUUCAACAUUGCAAAUGUCACCAACCCUGAGGAUCGAGGAGUUAUUGACCAAAUGGUUUCUGUCACAACUGCCAUGAGAAGCCCUUUUAUUGCUGUGGCCUGCCACACGGUGUGUCCUGACAGUCCUCCGUGUGUGGGGAAACGACGUCAUGCAGUUCCUGAGAUCAUCCGUCAACAACGCGUCAAGGAGAUCCGCUCCAUCAACCCCGAUCGUGCAAACAGCUACCGAAAACUGUUCCAGAACUCUCGGGUCACAUUGGUGGCCAAGGGUUCAACAGAACGUAGGGCCAGCCUUCAGGUCCAGAGUAUAGUACCCAGACACAGGAGCUCCAGUCUGGCUGCAGUUGCCAACAGCAAUGGCCUCGAGCUGCGGAGGACCAGCCUGUUACCAGUGCACAUGGUGAUGAGGAGAAGCAGUGUCAGGCCAGGAUUCAGCAUCCCCAAGGUCAGGGUGUCCAAAGCCCCCAAACCCACUUAUGAACCAGAAAAGAUCCACAGGAAGAGCAGCGCCAUAGAAGGAGGGGGAAAUUUCCUGGAGAUCCCAAAGUGGCGAUACAAAGAGCUGAAAGAGGAAAGAAAGCGAGCUGAAGAGGCUGAGAGGAAGAGACUGGAGUCGGUAACCAAGAGACAACUAGCUGCUGGAAAGAAAAAAAUAGUGUAAUGCCUCGAAUGUGUAGUAAAGGCACCAGGGUACUUCAAGAGCAGUACAACAUUCAGGGAAAACAUUUUAAAGCUCAGGCCAAAGUCAUGCAUGUUCUUUUGGUGUUCUUUGCAUUGGACCUCCAACCAAAACGAUUAUCUACUUCAUUUUCUCCCUUGCAGCUCCACAAAUAGUCACAAUAUCACUUGGUGAGCUUAUGAAUGUUGAAGGGCCGACGUAACAGAUCAACUUGGUUUCAUUCAGUACUUCUACUGCUAUUGGCUGGCAUCUUAGUCCAUAAAUACCACAACUGACAAAUCAACUUAUUUGCCAAAAGUCACAGUAAUACCAACGGAUUUAUAACAGAUGUUAGCAUAACAAUUGUAAUAUCAUUUUUCAUUGCUGUCCACUGAAUGUAAGUUUCUUUCAGUGCCCGUAUUAAUGCAACAACAUUAUUACGUGAUGUUGAUUUUCUGGCACAAAUCCUACAGUUACAUUAGGUACAAAUGACAGCAAGCGACAGAGACAAAGCAAGGAAAUACCAUUCAUUUUCAAUCAGAGUGGGUGUUUUGCAGCGACAAGAGACAACGGUCACUAUGCUGCCAGCUAGGUGGGGGCCAAAAUAGAUGAGAAGUCUAUUUUAUGCAAUUGCUGAGCAACACAACAUGGUGUCAGUCUGUCAAUCCCAGUAAAAAGGCAAAGUCAAACAAAAAAUAAACCAAAACGCUCUUAAACAGCUGAAAUUCUGUAUUAAUCUAAUACGUUUAGCAUUAUUUCUCAUAUGUUGUAAAAGUUAGCGAGACAUAAACACUGAAAUCUAAAACAUGGUUUUUGUAACCAGAAAACACCUCAGAAGUGAUUUACAAGACAUCCUUCAGAGAUGUUAGCAUGCUAACUAGCGAUACAGGAACGUCACAGAGAAAGACGUUGGACUUAAACAAAUCAAAUUAACUUUGGUUCUUUUAAGCAGUCAAGCAUGAAGUAAAAACUCAUAUAGUAGGGUCAUUUUCGGAUGUUCCGUGACCAUCUUAGCAAUGCUGACUACUGCAACUGGAUUAAAAUAUAUACGGUAACAGAAAUUCCAGAUCAAGUUUUUGCGGGGAAAAGAA